GGGGUGGGGGUGGGCGUAAGGGUCCCCUCACAGCAUCCAGAGGACGGGAGGCGGCAGCGGCGGCUGCAAAUCAGGGAGGUUUACAAAGGUGGGUGUCGGCACGCUUGCGGUGGUCUCUGUUGUUGUUUUCCAUUUUGCAUUCUGAUGAUAUUUUUUGCCCCACUUUUUUUGUUCAAUUCCUACAACCCGAAUGCGUAUUUUCUCCAUCACGCGCCGAAUGUCAUUUCGCGUCCAGAUGGUCGAGGGUUUUAGUCCCGUUCGGGCUGCGUUCCAAGGGCGGAAGGAAUUCUCGUCGUGCCCGGACGAUUAAAACGGUCCACGUCCCGUCUGCCGACGCGAUUAUCGUUUCGGUUUAGUCGGAUGAAGCACAUCACGCGACCUUGGGGCCCGAGCGCGCGACUGAAGCCGCACCUGCGCAUCACCUGCGCUCGCUCGCUUGGCGUCGACAACGCGGCCGGUUGCGUUUGAGCAAUCUGGGCGCGACUUCUGUCCCGCAGCAGCUCCUUGUGAGUGUCUUCGGAUUUUGAUUUUCGUGUUACGGUAACGUGGGCCGCCGAAGUCGAGUCUCACUCGUGUCCUCGUUUCCCGCGAUUUGCAGAAGGAGCGAGGCGGAGGAUGAGGAUGUCGCAGAAGAAAAUCCUGCUGGCCUUCGGCGCCGUCACGACGGCGACGCUGCUGAUGUGCUCCGGCGGCCGUUGGAGCCGGACCGCGGACCGUCUCCAGCCAAAGUGCCCCGCCCUCCGCCCCGAGGCCAAGCACACCAACGUGGCCUUCCUGAAAACCCACAAGACCGCCAGCAGCACCGUGCAGAACCUCCUGUUCCGCUUCGCCGAGCGCAACAACCUGACGGUGGCGCUGCCCACGCAGGAGUGCGGCCACCAGUUCUGCUACCCGAGACCCUUCGACCGCCAGUUCGUACACCCGCACACGCUGGCGCCCAACGUCGUCGGCAACCACAUGCGCUACGACGCCGUCCAGCUGCGCCGCCUCAUGCCCGCCGACACGCGCUACGUUACCAUCCUGAGGGAGCCGGCGGCCAUGUUUGAGUCCUUGUUCAGUUACUACAACCGCCACUGUAAAACCUUCCAGAGAGUCCCCGAGGGCUCGUUGGACGCCUUCUUGGAGCGGCCUUGGCGCUACUAUCGCCCGCGAGACCAGGGCUCCAUGUACGCCCGCAACACGCUGACCUUUGACCUCGGGGGCGACAAGGACCACCCCGCUACGGACGCGGCGUACGCGCGCUCCUUCGCGGCGGAGGUGGAGCGGGUCUUCUCCUUGGUGAUGAUCGCCGAGCACUUUGACGAGUCGCUGGUGCUCUUGCGCCACAUCCUCUCUUGGGAUCUGGACGACGUGGUCUACGUGAAGCUCAACAUGCGGGCGCCCGGUUCCAAGCGCCGCCUGACUCCGGGGCUCGCGGGUAAAAUCCGCGCCUGGAAUUGGAUCGACGCGCACCUCUACGAUCACUUCAACGCCUCGCUGUGGCGCCGGCUGGCGGCUCUGGGCUCGGCCUGCGUGGACCGGGAGGUCCGCCUGCUGCGCGCCGCCAAAGAGAGGCUGCUCGCCGGCUGCUUCGGCGGACAGCGGCCUCUUCUCCGCUUGGCGGGGCAGAUCCAGAACAAGGACCUGCGGCCCUGGCAGCCCAGCGCCAAAGUCGGCAUCAUGGGCUACGACCUCCCCGCCAAUCUGAGCAGCGGCUCCUCCGGCUCGACCCGAGAACUCUGCCUGAAGCUCGUGAUGGCCGAGGUCCAGUACACGAGGAUUCUCCUGCGCUCGCAAUCCGUUCGGUACCACCGGAACCGCCAGGCGCCACUCCCGCUGCUCUCGCGGCCGCUUCCGGCUGCUUCUACGGACCGGACCGCCGCGACGGGACUACCGUCUCUCUCCAACCAGGCCUCUUAACGGUCGUUUUUGAUUGACGUGAUGAAAUGUCGACUCUUUUAAUUGACCCAAACGAUAUCGUUUGUUUUUAUUACACACGUAGGGUAGCUCACGACAAAAUGUUUACACCCCUCGCGUUUCUGGAAUUUAACAAAAAUAUCUUUUCAACGGACAACAGGUAAGUCGCGGUCAAGUUUCUGCAUCGUUGUAAAUACACCAGCCCGAAAGAGAAAUCCGCAGGUAACAAAAGUGACAACACCCCCCACGGAGACAUUUUCAAUUGCGAGAGGUGGACUCAACCUCGUGAGAUACUGUCCGUACAUCAACACACACACGCACACACGUAUCCAUGCAACAAAAACCUAUUUUUUGAGGGCGAAAGCACACACGCGCGCCUUUAGAAACUGUGAACGUUGAAUUUCGUUCAAAGUGAAGUCAAUCUUUGUACCCCGUGGUCGACGGCUGCUUCGUUUCUCAGCAAGGGCAACGUGAUGAAAUCAUUUUUCGCAUCGCUCGUUUGUACUCACUGUCAUUAUUUUACUAUCCGAAAAGAGCUGGACGGCGCGCGUCGACCCAAUCCACUGACAACUGUGACCGCAAAUAAAGAAGGAAUCCGAGUCCGACGCCUCACUUAAUCUUGUGUGAAUGUUUAACUGGGGGAGAGCGCACACACCAUAUAAUCGGCCAAAUGGCUUUCCAUGCAGCCACUGCGUGAUUUUAAUGUCACAAACACAGGAAACAGGACAACUUACAGCAGCUCCACUCGUGCAACUCCUCGAAAAAGACAUCACUACGCCAGAGCGCCCUCUUGCGUCCGCGGAGGGAAGACUCACAGGUCGCUUCCGGUGUCCGACACACUCGGCAGAGGUUUUCUUUGACUUUGGUAGCUACACUGAGCUUUAAAAAAAUAAAAUAAAAUAAAAUAAAAUAAAAGACUGGAUAGCACAUUCAAGUCGAGCGGGAUGUCAAUUGGUUGAAGCCAGUUGGCCGCCAUCUCGGUACUCCCAAAACAUUAAAUGGACACGAUUUACGGGUUGGAUUAUGGCGGGGGUUUUCUCUUAAAAACUGGUCAUGUUAGCCUGACAAUUCUUCAGUUCUAGUGACAUGAAGGAUUUUUAAUUUGACUCGGUAAGCCAAAAAGAGGCAAAGUGCAAAGGAAACACGAAGAAAAAACCUUGCAUAUUACCGAGGGCCCGAUUUCCGUGAGACGUUAACUUUUCCCAAAAUACGCUGUGAAGCACUAUCAUCAUAACGUAGCAAAAAAAAUAAGCUUUUUUUUUCCGUCAUCAAACAUUACAUUUUAAGUCAGCGAGUUCGAUACAUUUUUGGAAAUAAGGACUCGCAACGCGCGCUAAACGCAUUGUUCAUUUGUUGUUUCCUCGCGUUUGAAAAUCAAAUUCCAAUUGCAGAAAUUCAUCAAAACAUUUCACAGGAAAUGUGUUUUCUUGCUUAUCCACUGAUGAAGUGUCAGAAAAUAUUGUCGGCUCAUAAAGGUGAAGCAGAGUUAACAACAACAACAACCGUAAACAAAACGUGAAUUAAGAUCAUCAGAAAUUGAAAAAAAAAAACCUUUACAAACAAACUUUAACAGUGUCAAAGAAAAUCUUUCUAACUUACCUGUGGGAUGUUUUCUCACAGCCACAAAACUGCUGAUUAACGCAAAGGUCAGCUUGCUUGUUUUGGGAGUAUCAAGAUGGCGGAUGGCGACUUUGGUUUUGGUGGCCAAUGAGCCAUCCAGGCAUUUUUUUCGUUUUUUUUUUUUUUUUUUCCUGAUCAGUGGGUAGCGCCCGUCAAGCUAGAAAGUGACUUUUCUUCGUGAUUCCACAACAAUAAGCAACAACAACAAAAAAUAUAAUUUUUUUGAGAAGGGGGGGGGAGGGGUAGCCCACCAGCCGCAGCUGGAAAGCUUACCACAUCUUCACGCAGCUUGUCCCCCCCCCUCAAGUCCUGACACCACGCAAAGCUCAGUCGGUCGGGGUCGUGGCCUUUGCGACAGGAGUUCUCAAACUUUUUUUGGGUCCCUCGUAAUCCAAACAUUGCGACCACCGAGCCCCCCCACCCCCCCGAAGUCCCAUUCCGAAUUUAAAAGUGGCCCUUUUUUUUUUUUAAUUAAGAAAACAAAUCCAAAUGUUUGAUUUGAGAAAUCAUCUUUACA